UUGCCUGUCAGCGCCUGCGCGUACACCGCUUUCCUGUUUCGGCAAACAUGGCGUUGAAAGAGCUGUCCUCGUUGGAGAAAUGCCUGGGGUUGAAAAAGCCAAAUAAAUACAGUACUCAAGGAGAACGAAAGGUCCCUGUUCUUCAGAACAACAAUGGCCCAGCUUUGGUUGGUCUGGUCACCAUAGCAUCCCACCUGGUCCAUGAGGCCAAGAGGACAGAGCUGUUGGGAAACUCAGCUGAGCAGAGAGCGGUGGUCCAGCAGUGGCUGGAGUACAGAAUAACCCGACUGGAUAACUGCUCUAAAGAAGAAGUCAAGGUCAUACUAAAGGAACUGAACCAGUACCUGGAGGAUAAGGUCUAUCUGGCUGGAAACAGCUUUACUCUGGCAGAUACUCUGAUGUACUAUGGCAUCCACCACAUCAUUAUGAACCUUGCUGUACAGGAGAAGGAGAAGUUUUUGAACGUGACCCGGUGGUUUGACCACAUCCAGCACUAUCCAGGAGUGCGUCACCACCUGGCCCCUGUGGUCGUUCUGAGGAAUAGAGUGUAUCCCAGCGGCCAGCACUGACCCCUACCUAUUAAACCAAGCAGUAUGGUAGUGGAGGUCGGGCCUGGGGUCUCUAUCUUUACCACGCUGUACUGCCCCCAGCAGGUUAGGUUUUACAUACUAAAACCCAAGUCUGAUAAAUCAUCAGGGGAAGUUCACAUAUUUGGGAAGAAACAGACUGGUGUCAAGCUAAUCUGUCUGGUGUAUGUGUAUAUGUAUGUAUUUGUGUAGUCGGCCAUGCAAUUUGGCAAAUUUUAACUUGUGUGUGAGGUCAUGGAUAAGUGUAUUUAUGAAGGCUAGACUACAACAGGUUUUAGGGUAGAAGGGAAAUGUGCUGCUCAGGUAACACAGUGGUUAAGGAAACAGUUUCUGUUUAUUAAUAAAUUAACUUUCUCAGCUAGGAAUGAAUGUCUUUUCUACAAACUUGAGGAACAAAAAAACUCUAUCACACAGACAUCUAGCUAGACUAAAAAGCAAAGAAAUGUGAUCAGCCAGACCCAGGUGGAUAUACAAUAGUUCAGACUGACUCAGGCCAGUUGACAUCCUUAAAUAUCUAGUAGCCUGUUUUGUUUUUUUGUUUUUCUUUGUUUUUUCCAAUCAUUUUUUAUUUCGCUCUUACUCGCUCUCUCUCUCUUACUCCCUCUCAGCUGCAGUACCAGUAGUUGUGUGGGCAGGGUGGAAUGGUUAGCCUGGCUUGGCGUGUUUGUGCUGUGGGGCAGAGGGCAGGCUACCAGCUGCAGCGGGCAAGCCAGCGCCACGUCUCUCCUCCACAGCCAGCCAGCUGCCGGGAGCGACAACCACGCACUACACGUCAUUUCACCCACAGUCCCCCUCUCUGCUGCCCUGGGCUGGAAAAUCCUAUUGAGACACAACACUCCAGUGUUUUUCAUCGCUAUCCAACUGGGUACUGGCUGAAGAACUUGCUAUAUCACAAAUGUAAACAUUUCAGAAUGACGGAUUUUUUGAGUCUUUGAGGAGCUUGUGACAUAUAAAGUUGUCUGUUUGCAAAUUAAAUUGUUAGUAAGUCGAGAAAGCGAAUUCAGGGGCAUGCGUCUCUCAGACAAGGGGAGAUUUAUUGUUUAUGAGCUGCGUGUAUCUGAAAAACGUCGUCUUGAGCAGAUUUGAGCCACUGUCUGCAAUGCACACCAUGUGGCCAGGCUGGUUUGGAGCCGUUCUGUCCGCAGUCUUUGUGGUGGAAAAUCCUCCGAUAAUGAAAGUUUGGGAAAAGCAGCCCCAUUGUGUGUUCACCUAUCUGCUGUGCAUAUGCUGACAAACAUCCCUCUGUUCUUUUUAUUGUAUUUCCUCUCUCAUAAGCCUCCUUUAUGAAACGGCUGCUGCUCCCAAGCUGAAGUUUGUUAUUUAAUGUCAACAGAAACUUGUCUUGUGCCAAUAAACGAAAGAAAAAAGAGAACGCGCA